AUGUCCCUCCCAGAAAAAUUAGAAUCUACCCUUCAAUCACUCGAGAAAGAGUUUGACAUCACCGAUGAAUACUUAAUCAAGGCCACUGAUUAUUUUGUUGAACAAAUGGACGUUGGUUUGAAGGCCCCAGAACAAUCUAGAGAAACAAUUCCUAUGAUUCCAACUUAUGUCACCAAAUUGCCAACCGGUAAAGAAAAGGGUUUGUAUUUGGCUGCUGAUUUGGGUGGUACCAACUUCAGAGUUUGUUCAAUUGAUUUGCAUGGUGACCAUACUUAUGAAUUGCAACAAGAAAAGUUUAGAAUUCCUGACACUUUGAUGAAAGGUACCAAGUCCGGUGAAUUGUUUGCUUACUUGGCCAAAAGAGUUCAAGGAUUUUUGAUGGACCACCAUCCAGAAACUUGUACUGCCAAGAAGUCCCAAACAAUUAAAUUGGGAUUCACUUUUAGUUUCCCAGUAAACCAAACUGAUAUUGAUCAUGGUACCUUGAUUAGAUGGACUAAAGGUUUUGAUAUUCCUGAUACUGUUGAUCGUGAUGUGGUUGAUUUGUUCCAAGCUAAUUUGACCAUUUUGGAAGUCAAUGUCAAGGUUGUUGCUUUGGUUAACGAUACCACUGCCUCAAUGAUUGCCAGAGCUUAUCUUAAUGAUAGGGACGAAUCUAAUGCCACCACUGUUGUUGGAUGUAUUUUCGGUACUGGUACUAACGGUGCAUAUUAUGAAUCUAUUGAUAAGAUUUCCAAAUUGAAGAAUCCACCAGCUGGUGCUGAUGGUAUGCUUAUCAAUACCGAAUGGGGUUCUUUUGAUAAUGAGUUGAAGAUUUUGCCACGCACCAAAUUCGAUGAUGCUGUUGAUGCUGAAACUCCUAACCCUGGCUACCAUUUAUUUGAAAAGAGAAUCAGUGGUAGAUUUUUGGGUGAAAUUUUAAGAGUUGUUUUAAUUGAUUUGUUUAAACAAGGAUUGAUUUUCCAAGAUUUGUACAAGAGAAGAGGAGGUUCAUUGCCUCAUAGAAUUGAUCAACCAUGGUUGUUGGACUCCGAAGUCUUGUCUUACCUUCAAAUUGAUGACUCGACUGAUUUGAAGAUGUCUAAGUUGAUCUUGGAGAAUGUUUUGAGAUUGGAAACUACCAGAGAUGAAAGAGAAGUUAUCCAAAGACUUACCAGAGCUAUUCUGAAACGUUCUGCUAAAUUGGCUGCUAUUGCUCUUGCUGGUGUUGCCAAGAGAGUCAAGGAUCAACAUAAAGACGAAAAAUACGAUUUAGAAAUUGCAGCUGAUGGUUCAGUUGUUGAAUUUUACCCAGGUUUCAGAGAAAAAGUUAGUGAAGUUAUCAACUUGAUUAAUCCUUUGAAAGGAACAGAUAAAAAGGUCGUUAUUACUAUUUCCAAGCUGGGUUCUGCUCUUGGUGCUGCCUUAGCUGCUGCUACUGCUUAG